CCUAACCUUAAAAUUCGUUUUUUUUCAAUGUUUAGUUUAGUCUAUCAAAGUUGUUUAUAUGAAAAUAAAAAUGAUGAAGCUAUCCAUUUAAUAGAGGAAAUCAGUACGUUCUUAAACCCACCAGGCAUACUUCAUGAUAGUUAACUAAACACUAAGUUAACCCUUAAAAAUUGCAUGAACAAGUAAAUUUAAAGAUGCGAAGGGCACUAUUUCAAACAUUUCGUAACUUUUACCCGCGACCUGGCUUAAGUGUGCGACAUAAAGGAUCCAGAAGCUCAAAAGAUGCUGACGCCGCAGCGGCGAGCCCUCUGCGGCGCUUGUUGGACGAAGCCACCGCGUACGGCGAACCUGCUACCCCAGCGGAAGAUCCAGAAAUGCGAUGGGCAACUCAACCCUAUACUACGCGGCCGAGUGAGGAACCCAUUGAUCCACGUGUAGAUCCACGCGAGACCACAGUCCUGUUGUUUCCUGGACAGGGUUCCCAACAAGUAGGCAUGGGAAAGGAGCUAAUGAAAGUGCCGACUGCACGCGACCUUUAUCAGCUAGCCUCUAGCGUCGUUGGAUGGGAUGUGGCGCGUGUAUGCACUGAAGGCCCCAGUGAAGAGCUGGCACGUCGCUGCCAAACCGCCGUGAUGGUGACCUCGCUCGCGGCGCUGGAACGUGUUCGUGACGAACGCCCUUCUGCGUUGGAGCGCGUGCGUGCAGUUGCCGGCUUUUCACUUGGAGAGAUCACCGCGCUCGUGUUUGCUGGCGCGCUCACUUUCGAGGGUGCACUACGGCUGGUGGAGCUACGCGCCGCCGCCAUGAGCGCGGCCAGUGCAGAGCGACCUGGCGGCAUGCUCACAGUAUGGCUCUCAGCUGAUGCGCGCCUCGGACCCGCGCUCUAUGCGGCACGCGAACACGCAACCAAGCAAGGCGUAGAAAGCCCCGUGUGUCAGGUCGCCAACUACUUAUUCCCUGGCUGCAAGGUAAUAGCAGGGGACGAAGAAGCUUUGCGGUAUUUGGAACGUCAAGGCAACACGUAUGGUGUGAAGCGAGCGGCGCGCGUACGCGUCGAGGGUGCAUUUCACACGCCUUUAAUGGCACGUGCAGAAGCAGCGGUCGCGACGGCGCUACGCUCAGUGGAUGUGUGCGAGCCCGGCGUACGCGUGAUGUCGUGCGUAGAUGCACACGCGUAUGGUGAUGUGAGGGAUGUGCGACGACGCGUGGCAAAGCUAACGACGCGCGCAGUCCGCUGGGAACAAACGCUACAUGCUUUAUACGCGCGGCCGCGUGGUGAGAAGUUCCCGCUGACACUCGCACUGGGUCCCGGCGGAGCACUGCGCUCCACGCUGCGGCAAGUAAAUGCACCCGCAUGGGAUUCCUCCGUGCAAAUCGAUGUGUAGCCAGGAGUACGUAACAAGUUAACUAUUUUUGUACAUAUUAGAUUGUAGGUUAAAUAAGCUCGUUUAGGACAAUAAAGAAUUUGAGUUAUUCUA